AUGGAUGUCGAAGCGUUAACGAAUCAUGCAAUUGAUGGAAAAACAAUUCACGUGUUGAUCAAUAACGCAGGUCUAUCAAUGCGUGGAUCCAUAGAGGACACUCCGAUAAAGAUCUACAAACAGCUCAUGGAUGUGAAUUUCUUUGGACAUGUGGUGGUCACACAGAAACUGUUGGACGCGAUCCCUGAUGACGGCUGCAUUAUUGCAACGAGUAGUGUGCAAGGAAAAUUAGCAAUUCCGUACAGAAGUGCUUACAGCGCCAGUAAACAUGCAUUCCAGGCAUUUUUCGAUACAUUACGUUGCGAAUCUCGUCCCAAUCUGCACAUUCUUACGGUAUCAGCUGGUUACAUGAACACAGGUUUCGGAACGCGCGCCCUUGAUGUACAAGGGCAAGCGGUUGGUAAAGAAGAUGAGAACCAAAAGAAGGUUUGCAACUACCGUGGUUAUGUGAAACUGAAUCGAACAAAAUUCGAGAAGGAUUUAAUGGAUUUGAAACGAGGAUUGGAGAAAAAUCUGCUUGGGAAACCCGAUUCAAUGAUACCCAACGAAGAAGAGAUUGGUGGUUUUUUGCGCUCGAACGCUUGGCUACUAAGCGGAUUUGCAGCCGGAUGGUUGCUUGGCUUUGGUAUUGCUUAA